GGCGGGGGGAGCCAAGUGGCGGCGGCGGCGGCGGCGGCGGCGGCGGCAGCGGCGACGGAGGCUACUGGAGGGAGGGAUGGAGGAGAAGGGAGGGGGGAGCGGAGCCGGAGCCCAGAGAAGACGGCGGCGGCGCUGCAGAGCGGCUGGGGCGGCGGCACGGCCCCAGGUGCUCCCCCCAGCGCCCGCCCAGCGCCUGUGAGGGCCUCGGCCCUGGCCCCCCGGAGUCAUGGGCUGCAUCGGCUCCAGGACUGUGGGGAAUGAGGUGAUUGCAGUGGAUUGGAAAGGUCUGAAGGAUGUUGACCAAAUCAACAUGGACAGCACCAGCUCCCUGCAUGGGAGUAGCAUCCACCGGCCAUCCACUGAGCAAACUCGAACAGAUUUCUCUUGGGAUGGCAUCAAUCUUUCCAUGGAGGACACAACCUCCAUUCUUCCCAAGCUUAAGCGGAACUCCAAUGCCUAUGGUAUUGGGGCCUUGGCCAAGUCAUCUUUCUCAGGGAUCUCACGUAGCAUGAAGGACCACGUCACAAAGCCUACAGCCAUGGGGCAAGGUCGAGUGGCCCACAUGAUCGAAUGGCAGGGCUGGGGGAAGGCUCCAGCUGCUCAACCACAGCACAGUCAUGAGUCUGUUCGAAGGGAUACAGAUGCCUACUCUGAUCUCAGUGAUGGCGAGAAGGAGGCUCGAUUCCUUGCAGGGGUUAUGGAACAGUUUGCUAUCUCUGAGGCCACACUCAUGGCUUGGUCUUCCAUGGAUGGUGAAGAUAUGAGUGUAAAUUCUACCCAGGAGCCACUGGGAUGCAACUACAGUGAUAACUACCAGGAGCUGAUGGAAAGUCAGGAUGCCCUAGCCCAGGCCCCAUUGGAUGGAUGGCCACAUUCCUAUGUAUCCCAAGGCAUGUACUGCUUGGGCUCCUCCGAUGCUUGGGAGGCAAGUGACCAGUCUCUCAUAGCCUCCCCAGCCACUGGUUCCUACCUUGGUCCAGCCUUUGAUGACUCCCAGCCCAGUCUGCAUGAAGUAGGGCCUUCUCAACCUCCACCUGGGAACUUAGCCCAGGGACCCCAGCCCUUACUGGGAGGAGACUCUGACUGGGCUCCAGGAGUGGGCGGAAUGGACCCAGCAAGGGAUCUGCCUGAGAAGAGGCAAAUGCCUGCUGAGGAGGAGGAAGAUGCAGGGUGCCGAGAUUUGGAGUCCCUGUCUCCUCGAGAAGAGCCUGAGGCAUCUGCUGCCCUCAGCCGGAAAGUAUCAGACGUUACAUCCUCAGGGGUACAGUCCUUUGAUGAGGAGGAGGGAGAGGCCAACAAUUAAUUCUCUCAGAUCUUUGUGCUCCUGCCCUCCCCUUCCCAACUUUACCAGAGGGGUAUGGCUGCAUCAAACAUCCUGAGGGCAAAGAGGAGCAGCACAGCCAAGGCAGGGCCAUUGGGCAGUGAGGGACCUAAGAGUUCCCAACGACCCCAGGAAUGGAAGGCAUCAGGAAAGAAAUCAUCCAUGCUUAACAUGCAGAGACUAUGGGGCUGAUAACUGAGACAGAGACACAGCUAUGUGGACUCGGAACCUUGAGCAGAUAAAGAAUGUCAAGGCUGUGGCUGUGGUGCAUGGGGCCUGCAAAUACAGAUCCUUACUGUAGAUGAAGCCUGAGGCAAUGGAGAUGGAUACCACAUCUGCAGAGAAUAGAGACUGGCUUGGGAAUAGAGAGCCUGUGGAUACAGAUUGGACCUCAAUUCUUCAUUCCCUUUAAUUUAGUCUUCCAGGCCUAGGCUCUUGGCUGCCUAGAUGCCUCCUUGCCACCCUCCCAGUAUGGCUUAUUUUUCAGACUCUGUUCAUCAUGGCCAUGGUCGCUGCUUAUUCCUGCCCUGAAUAGAUCACCUGGGCACUUGGCCAUGACUGUAGUGGAUGCCACUUCAGGGGGCCUGCUUUUGGAGUGAGUGUAGAAGCUACCUAAAGAGAGGCUUGCUAAUGAUUGUGUGGCUCUCUCUUUGGAAGAUAAAGAAGAUGCCUUUAGACAAGGAAUGGGCAUCAGAGGUUGAGGAUCAAUAACGUGUUCGCCAGGACACUUGGACACAUCCAGUUGUGAUUCAUCCAGGUAACAAGGACAUCUUGGUGGAGGUCAAGAAUGUGUCCUGAGAUAGCACGUGCUGGAUCUGGCUCCCUAGAUCAAAGACCCAUGUGGGAACUUGGCAUCUGGGAUGGAGAACAUGCUUUGGUCAGAAGUGAACCUAAGGCUCUAAGGGCUGCCCUAACUGGGUUGGUAGCUGCAGCAUUGAUUGGCCUUUGGUGUCUGCCUUCUCUUCUUCCCUUCCCAUCCCCACCUCCUGCUUCCUUGGCUUCUGCCUGGGUAGCCCAUCCCUGGGCAGAGAGGUAGGACAUGGCCUCAGUGUACUGACUCAGGUACCCUGGCAAGGGGGCUGAGCUUUGGGGCUAUGUCCCCCAUCCAUUCCCCUCUCUUCUCUGGAGCUGUUUACACUUUUCUCUUUGCCUUUUCUACAUUUUUAUAUCUUCUUGGGGACUCAGGGAUGAGUGAGAUGGUGGAGUUUAGGGGGACCCAGUAUCCAGACUGGAGUGGGGUGGUGUUUGGGGAUCCAGUCUCCAGACUGGAGUGGGGUCAUUUGCUGGAGAUAGAGGCAGCAUAGUCACUUGGCAAUUCUGCCCCUUCAUCUAGCACCCCACAGGGUGCUAUCCAUAUGGCUUAACCCUUCCCACUCCAGACUGAUAGGCAGUGGAUCAAGUGUCUCCCAGCAUAGGUAGGAGUCUGAUGGUGUGGCACAACCUGCAGAAAUCAUCAUUCUCUUAUACCCCCAUUGUUUAGAUUGCUCUGGGGCCCCUGGGGUCUACUGUGGGAACAGUCUGAGCUCUAGGACCCAAGAUUUUGAUAGGUAGUUCAGACACCUGAAAGGGAAGAGUGGAGAAUAAGGCAGCUUCCAGUGAACUGGACAGGUAAUAAAACUGGCCUCUGCCCUCCUUUAUCUCCCUUGUUCUGUACUGUCACACCCCUGUAUACCUCCAGUGUGUCAUCCAUUAUGUAAAUCCUUGGCAAAAGGAGGCACCCUGGAAAGGGAGAAAGUCUAAGGAGUCAAUUCCUUCCCCCCUCACACCCCACCUCACACCCCCAGCUCCCCAGAUACUAGCCCUUAUAACUUGUCCUCUUGAGUGUAUAUGUCUUGCUGCUAUUGAAAGGGGAUACUUUUUCCAGUUGCCCUAGGCCUGGCUGAGAGCAGAGCUCCCCAUAAGGUCCUGAUUAUCUUCUGGAAAGGGGGGGGCUUGGGAUGAUUGUCUGCCUAUCCUUUGACCACCCUUUCUACCAAGCACAUGGCAGAGCUGGUUUAACUAUCUCCUCUGGGGUUGGAGAGCUUGGUUGGAGGAGAAGGAAAGAGAGCCCCUCCCAUAACAUAUCUUGGGGAUCUUGUAGGGAUGGGUUUCAGUUCCUGGAAAACCAAGAGGUAUUUGAGUAUAAGUGACCAGGCUCCCAGAGGUAUCUGUAGGAGUACAUUUCCAGGAGCCUUGGGAAGUACCACCACCACCCACUAAUCCUCCCUGCUCUUACUCUCCUAAAAACUAGUCUUCUAUCCCUCCUCUCCAGCCAAGAUCCAGUGUUUCUCCUUGCCCAGCCUAGUCAUUCCCAUUUUGUUCUGGACCAAGUCUCCCUUUCUGUCCCUGGGCCUUUUGGGAUAUAGGAUCCUCUGGGUCCCCAAGGGAGUGAGAGGCCCACCCUAUGUGAAGUCCAUUUCCUGCAGUUCCUUUCUAGUUGAGGCCAUUGGGAAGGAAAUCAAGAGGGUUAAGGCUCAAGCCUUCCUCCUGGCUAAACCAAAUAGCCCAUGUUGGGGAGGAAAUUCCAAAAGGUGAACUGAUAGGUUCAUCUCUGAGUAACGGAAUGUCUACUCAGGGAUGCUAGAAGGGGAUCAUUGCAGGCCAAAGGGCAGGAAGGUAUCUGCUAUUCUGACAAGCACCCCCCACCCUCCUAAAGGAGGAGACAUAGGGAGCUGGACUGGGGUCUCUUUAGGACUCAUAGGGAAAGGGGGAGGAUCUGCCCCUUGAUUUUGCCUGGGGGGAAUGCAUGGGGGGUUAGACUUUUUGUAGGGGGGAGGGGCAUGUGCAGAAGGGAGGAUGUUGGGGGUGGGCUUCUGGGGUGCUUUUCUUUGGGGGGCCAGAUCUUGCAGCACGCUUUGCAGCAGCUGGGGGCUGUUUUUUUAUAUUGUGAAUGAAAUUGCUCUUGCUAACGAUGGGGUGGGAGUGGGGCAUUUUAAAUAUUCACUUUACUCAACAAGGAAAAACCCACACCAUCAUUCACCACCUCACCCUCUCCCCUCCUCCCCAUCCUUCCAUGAAGGAGGGAGUCUUCCUGGGCAUGUUGGGGAGGGGCAGGAAAUGAAGGGGACCUUCCUCCAUAUACAUACACAUCCUACACUUUCUGUCUUCCAGUUCUGGGGAACAUGCACUUUUGUGGCCAGUUUUUCUUUGCAUGUUUUCUUAAUGUGACCACCCUUUCCAACCCCAAGAGAGAUUCUAUGACAUAUAUCAAAGAGAGAAUUAUAUAUAGAUAUAUAUUGCAGAUUAUUUAAACUCAGACUUGCUUCAGUAUUGAAGUAUAUAUAUGGACAUGGGGUAGGAGUGGAUAUCCUACCUUCUGUCUUCCCCCUUCUCCCCCACCCCCCAGCUCCCUCUCCCUUAGGGAGAGGGGGCUGCAUUUUGUGGUUUGCAGCUCCUUCUCUAUACUAGGGAGUUAUAGGGAGUAAUGUUCGGGGUGGGCCAGAGGGUAUGUUCACUGGCACUAAACAGGAUGUGGUCUCAUAUUUUGGCUCUAGCUGUGUUUUAUUUGGCAGAGGUGGGGUGAGCCUGAGAAGCCACCAGCUGAAAUGGGGGACAGCUGGAUGUUCAAACUGAGAAGGGGAGCUGAAAGCAAGGGCAUCUGGGGGACCUCUAGAUGUCUUGGGCAUUAACCAUAACUUGUGGCUGGCAGAGGAGUGACUGGCUAGUGGCACUGAACACCAGCACAUUAACUGUUCUUAGCCAAAGUGGGAAGGGGGCAACUUAAUGACCACACUAUCUGUGAAGACUCUGGUUUUAGGACUGCAGCAUGGAACCCUGGCCUCAGGGUUAGGGGAGUCUGGUUCUAAUCUUGGUUGUGGUACUAGCCAGCUGUGUGACUUUAGGCAAAUCAUUUAACCUCUUGAGCUUUUGUUUUUUCAUUUGAAAAAUGAGGUUGGCUGGGAAAGGAUGGACUAGGUGAUCUUUGAAGUCCCUCCCAGCUCUGAUAUUCAGUAACUCCACAGCUUGAGCUGGGUGGCUUCCAGCACAAAGGAAAACUAAUGGAUGACCCUCUAAGAUAUCUUUGGGAUAUGGCAAAUUGGGGUGAUUGCCCUGCUCUCUGCCCAGGGAAGAUGUUAAGGGUGACUAGGCAGCUGAAGCAGCAAAAGGCUGUGGGUGGGAGAGAAAGUGGUGGCUGUACCAGCUGGUGCUUAAAAACAACAACAAAAACCAUGAAGCUCAGGCACAUGACUGGGGGGACUGGUGCUGGCUGUCUGACAACAACAGCCUCCUCCCCCCUUCUACACCACCCCUCUUGGAUUGCAUAAUGCCCUUUUGUGGCAUCUCUUUCUUCUUGAAGGCUGUCCUUGACAUUCAUUUGAACCAAAUUUAUCUGAAUAAAAAGUGUUGGCACCCA